GAGUCCCUGUUCCCUGCUCGGGUUGUCUACGACCUCCUCUUCUUCUUCAUUGUCAUUAUCAUCGUCCUCAACCUCAUCUUUGGGGUCAUUAUUGACACCUUUGCUGAUCUGAGGAGUGAAAAACAGAAGAAGGAGGAGAUCCUGAAGACCACCUGUUUCAUCUGUGGGCUCGAGCGGGACAAGUUUGACAACAAGACUGUGUCCUUUGAGGAGCACAUUAAGUACGAGCACAACAUGUGGAACUACCUGUACUUCAUCGUGCUGGUGCGGGUGAAGAACAAGACAGACUACACGGGCCCUGAGAGCUACGUGGCACAGAUGAUCAAGGACUUGGUCUGGGUCCCCGGGAGGCGAGCCAUGUCGCUGGUCAGCAAUGAGGGGGAAGGGGAGCAGAACGAGAUCCGCAAUCUGCAGGACAAGCUGAACACCACCAUGAAGUUGGUGUCCCACCUCACCUCCCAGCUGAGCGAGCUGAAGGAACAGGUGUUGCUCUAA